AUGUCACUCUUGACUAAUCGCAAGAGACCAAGAGGUUACAGUGAGAAUUUCACAACUUCCGACUCGACUUCUGCCAUCAAUGACUAUCAUCACCACCAGCAGCAACUUCAAUCGGAUGCCCAGCUGAUGCAGCAGCUGAUGCAGCAACACCAGCAACACCAGCACCAGCACCAGCACCAGCAACACCUUCAGCUUCAGCAGCAGCAGCAACUGCUAAACCAACCCCACUACAUUCAUCCGCCGAGCCAGCAUUUCUAUCAAAGUACUUUUCACCAGAAUAGUCUGUUUUUACAUCCGUUCCAAGAUAGAAAUCCUGCCACCACCACCACUAGUAGUAGCAGCAGCAGUAGUAGCGGCAACAACACUUCCUCCACUAUAAUUGAGGAAGAAGACUCGAAUUCAGAGUUUCCAGGUGCGAUUUCAACUUUUGCUAAAAAAUCGAAGUUCAAUAAUCCGUUUUUAUCGGUCGAGGAAAGCGAUGUUUUGUUAGAUGACGAAGACGACGACGAUGGGGCUGAAACUUUUGUCAUUGACGAUGAUGAUGACAACGAUGACAUUGAUGAUGACGGAGGAGAAGGCGAGAGAAAUGGUGUCGGAGCGGGAGUUAUACCAGAAAGAAGAGAAGGAGCUGAUUACGACGAAGAUGAUGAUAUCAUCAUCAUUGAAGAAAGAGACCUUGUGCCAAAGAGUAAAAGAAACAACAGCGAUUCCAUUUUGAUCAAUCGAGAUGCUGCUGCAGCCUAUAAAUUGUUCAAUGUAAACAAAAUCGAAGUUGCUGAAGUUGGCGAAGAAGGCGACAAUUACUUCCCCAAUGGUAACAAUGCACUCAAUACCAAGAUGAAAAAGCAAAGAACAAGCUCCUUACCGCAGUUGCCCCAGGUCAAGUGUUUUUACCACAAGUUGCCCAAUAACUACAUUCUACAAACACCCAAAUUGGGCAACAUUAAAACCAACAUUAUUCCCCAUCAAAACAACUUGCCACCGUGUGAUGACGAUAACGGACACUAUAUCAUCAAGGUUAACGAACCUUUUGCCAACAGGUUUGUCAUCAUCAAAUUGCUAGGGCAAGGAACAUUUGGCAAGGUUGUUCAAUGCUACGACAAGGUCAACCGAGAACAUGUUGCAAUCAAAAUCAUUCGAAAUAUUCAAAAAUACCGCGAUGCCGCCAAAAUCGAAUUGCGAAUACUAUCAACUUUGAAGAAAUUUGACAACUCCAACAAGAACCACUGUAUUCAUUUGCGAGAAUGCUUUGAUUAUCGCGGCCACAUUUGCAUUGUAACCGAUUUGCUCAAGAUUUCAUUGUACGAUUUCUUGGAACACAACAAGUUUAUCCCAUUUCCCGGAAGCCACAUACAGGCCAUAUCCAAGCAGUUGAUUCGAUCAGUCACGUUUCUCCAUGAUUUGAAUCUAAUCCACACCGAUUUGAAACCGGAAAAUAUCCUUUUGCAUGAUGACUCAUUUAGCAAAAAGGCACUUCACACAUCAACAACGAUAACUGCAUUUACAAAGAUCCCCAACGCCAAUGGUUCAUCUAAACGGGUUCCCAAGACUUCUAAAGUUCUCAAGAAUCCAUUGAUACAGGUUAUCGAUUUCGGCAGUGCCAUAUUUAAUGAUGAAUACCAUUCGCUGAUUGUCUCAACGCGCCAUUAUCGUGCCCCCGAGAUUGUCUUGGGCACUGGAUGGUCGUAUCCAUGCGAUAUGUGGUCGAUUGGUUGCAUCUUGGUGGAAUUGAUUAUUGGCGAGCCACUUUUCAAAACGCAUGACAAUUUGGAGCAUUUGGCCAUGAUUGAAAAAAUAUGCGGUUAUAGAAUCGACAAGGAGAUGGUGAAAUUGUCCAAAAUCAAGGAAAAUGAAUGUGGCUUGGAGUAUUUCACUAAUGAAUUUAUCAUUGAAACGUCUGAUGACGAGAAUCUUGGUGGUUAUGAUAAAUCAUCAACAACAGCGUCAUGUUCAACUACAGAAGAAGAAGAAGAUGAUGAUGAUGAUGACGAUGACGAUUCUGAAGAUGACGUGAUCUUUGACGACGAAAAGACUUUGGCUCACUCGUUGACGCUAAGGUUCCCCACACUAUCCACGCCGCAAAAAUUUGUCAAUUCUGUCAAUGAAUUGCUGCGAAUCGACUUGUUUAUAAGUUCAAGAAUCGGGCUCCACAUUGAUUUGGACUACACGUUGAACCAGAACUUUGAAAGGAACAAGCACUUGAUAAAUUUUGGCAAUUUUACAUUUUGGUGGUUUUUCAUCGACUUGUUGAAGCAGUUGUUUAUAAUCAAUCCUGAAAACAGGAUCAGUGCGCUAGAAGCACUCAAUCAUCCAUGGUUCAAUUUGGGCAUACAAGAUGAAGGCACUAUGUAG